UUCGUGUUUGUCUGCUCGCCUCUCUCAAUUCUCGCUCUCUCGCUGUUCACGAACACAAAUUCACGCGGGUCUCCGGCCGUCCGGUCCCGUCAGCAGCUUCUAGUAUAUGUUUGUCCGUCGUGCGGUAGAGUUGUCGAGUCAAACACACGGAGCCCGUGACACACAACAGCAGUGAAUCGAAAGCCAAAAACACACACCUGAACACACACAGUCGUGUCACCGCGAUUACACCCCCUCCGUUGACCUCGGCGCGGUCUACGCCGUGUUUAUUGUGCGUGAAUUAAGGGGUGCGACGCACGUGAGAAUCAAGUGUGACGCCCGGUGCUGUUGUGGAAGGUCAACCCGAACUUGACCAACUGUAGCCGCGCGAGAGCCAAGGAUUUACAAGGAUUACGAAGACGGGAAGAUUCGCUGGAAGAAUAGUGUGAGGGAACAACGGCAACGUUACAGAAGCUGUGGGAGUGAGUGAGUCUGUGUGUGCAGCGCUGUGUGGUGCAUCCUAGAGACGAAGGUCUAGGAUACGUUACGCUGCAACCAAUACACAGAGUUUGGGUUGAGGAAUUGUACAACGCCGACCCGAAGCGGAUAGAAGAAGGAAGAGCUGAGAGUGUGUGCAGCGUGUGCACAAGGAAGAGUGCAUUAGAGGAGUCGUCUCUAGUGGGAGAAUAUUUACUGGCCUAUGCGCCUCUACACGGUGUAGUUGGUGUUGUUGUUGUUGUGGGGGUGCAUGUGGUACAAUGACCUGCAUUUAUUGAGAAUUCUGUUGGGUAGAGUGCGAAGCAAACACCGGCCUCUGACGGUCGUGUUCUACAUGUUCAAGUUCAAGCCUACCAAGAGAGCGAAGGAGUAGUUUAGAGUUUAUUGAAGAUUCUAUCAAGUGCAAUCGAGAGUGUUAAACCGUAUAUCCUGUGUAACAGUUACAACCACACGAGGAUACCACUGAGUACUGCCAAUCAGAACGCAGUAUGAACUGCAGGGUCCGAUCGGCUUCCAGCAUGCUGAAACGGUCGGAGAAAGGCAGCCAAAGCCCCAACGAUGGUCCACUGCAGAAGCAGCAGCUGCGACGUCGAGCCUAGAAGUGUGUAGCAAAAGUGUGUGUGUGUGACGCAUCCCUGGCGGAUUGUAUAGUUCAAGUUUGUUGUUUUUGACACCUUACUGAGAAGUGGUGAGAUAUUCUAAGAGAGAGUGACGCGAAGAAGGUUUCAAGAGUGUCGAACGCGCGGUGAAAUUGUUGGUUGUUUGUUGUUUGCGAGAGAGGCCUUUAUACGCGGAAGAUUCGUAGCCCUUGGAAGAUUGUGCUCAGGAAGUUGUAGGUUUAUAGGCAGUUGUUCUGUUUGCGAGGAAGAUUCUAUACUGUUGAACACAUAAGAACCAUUACACACGGAUAACCUGAAAGCCAGCCGUCAAGAUGAUGAAAAGAAGAUGGUCCAACAACGGGGGCUUCACGUCCCUGCGGAUGCUGGACGAGAGCAGCUCCGAGGUGACGUCCUCGUCGGCGGCCCUCGUCAUGUCCCCCGGCAUGACCAUGUCGCCCAACUCGCUCGGCUCGCCCGAGUACAACGAUCUGGAGCUGUGGAGCGCGUACGAGGAGGGCGCCUACAACGGGCACUCGGUGCUGUCGAACGGGAACAACAACGUGGGCGGCUGCGGCGCGGCCAACAACCUGCUCAUGAACGGCAUCGGCAUCGGGAACAAUAACCUGAACGGGAUGAUGAACGUGGCCGGGCAGGCGAUGCAGGCCAAUGGGAAUAACAUUCAGCACAUUGUCGGCAACCUGAUCAACGGGAUGAACCAGAGCCAGACGCUGAUCCCGCCGCUGCCGUCGAUCAUCCAGAACACGAUCAUGAACACGCCCCGCAGCGAGUCGGUCAACUCGAUUUCGUCAGGUAAGUCGACCACAUCGAGCUUCUGCCAAUCAUCCUCCUGGAAUUAAGAUUCCCGCUGCCGAGUUCAAACCCCCCGAGAAGUGGUAAUAAACAUCCAAAUUUUAUAUGCGUUUUGCCGUCACGGUUGCAUUUCCUCUGUUGGUGUGUAAAUUUCCGCGUAUUUUAGGCGGCCGCGGGACUCAUCGUCCCGCGGCGAAAAAUAAUGCAAUUUAUUUCCACAUUUGUGCGCGAUUCCUCGCGGAAGAGUUGCCGGAGGAGGAGCGCGCUCUGCGCGUGCAGCAAAUUAAUCUUACCCCGUUGCUAAGGGAGCUCAGAAGGCGGCGACGACGUCAGUGUUGUUUUGUUGGUUCUGAUUCUGGAUCAGGGCCACCCCCGCGCCAGCGGAAGCACGAUGCAGUUGACUGGGAUGGCAACGGAUUCGUGCGUGGCGUUCGGGAAGUGGUUUGGUUGAAACAGACAGGUUCAUGAACAGAUGAACUUGUCUAGUUUUGAGCGGUUGACAGAUUGACAAAGUACUUACCUGUGCUGCACCAACUUACUUACACCAAACUGGAACGAAUCACCAACCUUAACUUGGAGUCUGUAAUACAAUCACCAAGUUCUUUAACUCCACUGACUUACCUGCCAUCACCCUAGACCGAGAACAAGCUUUGGUAUAUCAAUGUUGACGUCCGUGAUAGAGAAGCUCUCCAAAAUGACUUACCUGUAAUCACCUGAAUCCGACAACAGUGUUUGGUAUACCAAUGAUGAAGUCCGUAAUAGAGAAGCUCUUCCAACUGACUUACCUGCCUCUAACCGACUCCGACUUCAGUUUUUAACAAAUCGUUGACUCCGGCUCCUACUCCGACUCCAACACCUACGCAGUAUUAAGAAUAUCUAAAUAUUUGUAUUAAAAACAUUACUCACAUGUUCAGUUCACAAUUGCGCGAAUACCGUAAACCGGGGUGACAUUGAUAGGUUGAACUUUUAUUUCACAAUAUGAUAAAUACGAAUUAAAUACAAACAUAAUGGUAUGGAAUCAUACUAAGCUUGGUAGACAAGAGUUCUGAGUAUCUCAAGAAGCUGUUUUCAACAAAUUUUCAAAGGAUUCAAACGUUAAUUACCUUCAGAUUUAAACACAUUUUCAGUUGAACAAUUUGAAGUUUGAAUAAUAA